AUUGGUAAGUGCGCAGGUGGGCGGGCAGACGCGGUGCUGGGUAGGAAGGCGCUAUGGCGGCGGUAGCGCAGUGCGUGUUGGGCACGCUCCGCUCGCGGUCCCCGCUGCUAAGCCUGGCGCUGAGGACCUCUCCACGACUGCUUUGUGUAGCAACACAGCAGAAGAGCACCAGCCAGAACUUAGAAGAGGACCAGGGUCAGAGCCACAAUGAGCAGAAGGCUGAACCCAGUGCUGCUGAAAGAAUGUUAACUGAGGAAAAGGCCAAACUGGAAGAGCAGCUCAAGGAAGUUACUGAUAAGUACAAGCGGGCCUUGGCAGAUGCAGAAAAUGUGAGGCAAAGAAGCCAGAAACUCGUGGAAGAGGCAAAGUUAUACGGUAUUCAGAGCUUCUGUAAGGACUUGCUAGAAGUUGCAGACAUUUUAGAGAAAGCAACAGAAAGCGUUCCAAAAGAAGAAAUUAAGGAUGAAAAUCCUCACCUGAAGAGCUUAUACGAAGGUCUUGUCAUGACAGAAGUACAGAUCCAGAAAGUGUUCAAAAAACACGGGCUGCUCAGACUGAACCCUGUCGGAGCCAAGUUCGAUCCCUACGAACACGAAGCGUUGUUCCACGCUCCCAUGGAAGGGAAGGAGCCUGGCACUAUUGCAUUAGUAUCCAAGAUUGGCUACAAGCUGCAUGGGCGCACGCUGCGGCCUGCCCUCGUGGGCGUUGUGAAAGACGCUUAGCUGCUGAAUCAGAUAACUUAAAAUGCCAUUCAAUUAUUAAACAGCUGGAUGGUUUUUCUCUUACAUCGUGCUUUCCUUAUCCCUCUGUCCCCCAAGAGGUUUCGGUGAACCAGUUGAGGUCUCCAAGUGAAAAUGAAGCAGACAAGGACACUCUGUUGUUUAGUGGCCUUCAACAGUGUUCCUUCAGCUCUCUUCUGUCAGUAAUAUUUGUUACAACCAUGGCUACUGAAGGUACAUUAAAAUGAAAUGAACAAAAUCCUCACAGCUCUGCAAUCUUGUGUUUAUCACUGUGUAAACUGAAGAUCCAGUCGGUGGCUCAGAUGGUUCCUUUUGCUUUGUAACACUAAACUGCAAAAGUGGUUGAAGUCGUACAGAUAACCAGUCCUCUGCAAGUAUCCACUGGCUUUUUGGCUGAUGUAAGCACCCAUUUUUGUAGAAUGCCUAUUCAGAAACAGUCCCUCUCAACAACUGAAAUAGAAAUGUUUGUGAAUUCUGACCUGAAAAUAAAGGACAAGGGAGAGCAGA